CGGGAGUGGUUUCACCUUUGGCCACAUCUGGCUGUUUUGCAUCUCGCGGGGCUGGCCUCAAGUUUCUCGGCCUGAAGAGGACUGAUGUUACCUGAGCUGGCAGCUGGGAACCAAAGCACCUCUCUGGUUUAUGACAACCUGUGCAAGCUGAGCAGGGCAUCUGCUAAAUUUCAAAAGCCAGCUCGGAAGCCAGAAUCGGCUGACGAGGUAGUUGCGCAAAACGAGGACAAGGACGAGGAAGCAGCAGGCAAACAAGAAGGAGAAGACAACCAAGAAGAGGGAAAAGACAUAGUGGAGCAGUUGUGCAAGCAAGGAUUGAAAGGCAGGUGGGAGGAGGAGGGUAAUAGGAAGACGGAGGGGGAAUUAGAGGCAGUUGACCAAGGAUUGCGAGGGACAGUACAAACAGAAGGCAAAAGUGGUGGCUGGCAAAGGAGCAACACGGCUUCUGCGACCCAGGGGUUGGGUGGUUGUUUGAACCUGUUCCAGGGCUCCAAUUUUGUGAAGAGGGAAAGAUUUAUGGGAGGUGACGGAUGCAGGGCAGCACAGGAAAAGGCCGAUGAGCCAUCACCACGAAGUGCGGAGAUCGAGAGGGUGCAGGCACAGUUGUGGAGAGAGCAGGCAGCAAGGGAAGAGCGCCGGAGAGAGCUGGAGUUCCUGGAACAGAAAGGGGCUAAUGUGGCAAUGCCUAUACAAUUGUGGUCGGCGUGCCUGUGUUGCUAGCAUAUAGGAGCCAUGUAUCAUGUGACAUCUGACUAUGCCAUGCCAUUUG